AUGGAGGAGGCCAGCGAUCUCUACGUGGACGAAACAACAGCCUUGCUGGCAACGCCGGCCCAUGUAUCUUCGUCGCCAGACGACGAGCAGGGCAAUCCGAGCAAUGACGAUGAAGACAAGCCUCUGCCAAAGGAUCAGAUCUUCUACCUCUGCUUUGCACGUAUCGUCGAGCCCAUUGCGUUCUUCUGCAUCUUCCCCUUCAUCAACCAGAUGAUCUGGGAGACGGGAGAAGUAGCACAGACGGACGUCGGAUUUUACAGUGGCUUGAUUGAAUCCCUUUUCUCGUUGACUCAAAUGUUGCUUAUGAUUCCUUGGGGUCGAGCGGCCGACUACUGGGGACGCAAGCCUGUGCUGGUAUCCUCGUUGAGCGGCGUCGCUGUGGCCACAGCCAUUUUCGGUCUUAGUAAGACGAUAUGGCAAAUGAUUUUGUUCCGGUGUUUUGCGGGUAUAUUUGCAGGCACUAUUGUGACCAUUCGAACAAUGAUCACCGAGAACAGCACGCAGAAAACGCAGGCCCGAGCAUUCAGCUUCUUUGCUUUUACUGGCAACCUCGGGAUCUUUUUGGGUCCCUUGAUCGGUGGUGCACUUUCCAACCCAGCCACGGUAUAUCCUCGCAUCUUUGGCCAUAUCCGGUUCUUGCAUGAGUAUCCCUAUGCUCUGCCCACGUUUGCGACGGGCGCAAUCGCAGUUGUUGCCACUGUGACCAGCGCUCUUUUCAUCAAAGAGACCCAACCACCCAAAUCUCCCUCCCACAACCACCCACCACCAAUGUCAACCCUCGAAGUCAUGAGUUCCCGCCACGUCCCAUUGACACUCUACAUCUACGGCCACGUAAUGCUCCUAGCAUUCGCCUACACGGCCAUCAUCCCCGUAUUCUACUUCACCCCCGUACAUCUCGGCGGAUUCGGAUUCACCCCAUUCCAGAUCUCAUUAUUCAUGGGCAUCGGUGGCCUCAGCCAAGCAAUGUGGCUGCUCGUGGUAUUUCCCUGGCUCCAAGCGCGCAUUGGCACCGCGGGCGUCAUGCGCCUCUGCGCUACCGAAUACCCCUUUUUCUUUACUGUCUUGCCACUUUGCAAUUUGUUGCUUCGACACCAUUUGACUGCCCUCUUCUGGGUCGUCGCAUGUACUUCGUUAGUGAUCGGCAGCGGCGUCGCAAUGUCUUUUACGGCGAUCCAGCUCGUGCUCAACGACGUCAGUCCGAAUCCGCAGGUUUUGGGCACUCUCAACGCCAUCGCUUUGACGCUAGUCUCGGGUAUUCGUGCUUUCUCUCCUGCUCUCUUUGCUAGUCUGUUCGCGGCUAGUGUUAGGAGCAGGAUUUGGGGUGGCCAUCUUAUUUGGAUUCCCAUGGUUGUUUUGGCGCUGGGGUUCACUGUUGUUUGUAGGUGGGUGCCUGAGAGGGAGGAGACUACUAAAGAUGUGACUGAGGCGGAAGGGGAGUAA